AUGUCUUCACAGUCAUCCACAACUCCUCUCCUCGGCGAGAAACUUAGAGAUGCAUCUAAGUCCGAUAUCCAGCUAUCGUCUGAACCCCCAAGCCGGGGGUGGAUGCGGUUGGGUGUAGUAAUAGUUCUAUCCAUUGUAUCCGGCAUUAUACUUAUCUUCGGUGAUUUGUAUCAUAGCAACCAUUACUUUCAUCAUCAACGUCCCGAGUCUAAGCCUAAGCAUCGGGAAUCUUCAGGGUAUCCCGAAGGAUGGACUGAGUGGUCUAGCAUCGAGCCGAGCCAGAAACUCAUCUGGCAGCCAUGUUUCGCAAUAUAUGGAAGCAACUUUCAAUGUGCUCGAUUGACCGUGCCUAUGGACUACCACCGCCCGUUGAAUGCAUCAGCGGACAAUCCAAAAGUUCACAUAGCCCUAGUCAUGAAACCUGGCAUUAGCCGUACAAAAGACCCGCUAUCUUACUCGGAAUCUCCUCUGCUCAUAAACCCCGGUGGUCCCGGUGGCAGCGGGGUCUUUCUUACUUUAAGUACUGGCGACUUACUCCAGACUAUCGUUGGCAAUGACCACGAUAUCAUCGGCUUCGAUCCACGGGGCGUCGGGGCUACUACCCCUAAAGCCGACUGCUUCACAGCUCCCGACGACCCUUUCGGGCUUGAAGGUCGCAAUAUUGCCUAUAUGAAUAGAAUGGGCUGGGCUUUAUCUGAGCACGAGAUAGGCAUGAUCAACUCCAGCGACGUUGCCUUGUCCAAACUGAACGCCCGAUCCAAGGCGCUUGCCAAGCUCUGUAAACGGGUAGACGAGACUGAGGGCGACAGGAGUAUAUUCCGGUACUCCAACACGCCGAACGUCGCACGCGACAUGCUCUCGAUCGUCCAGGCCUGGGACGAGUGGAGAUCCGCCCCCAGCGCCAAACCCGCCAAGUCCAAGCACGAACCAGAAACCGUAGAAGAAGGACUCCGUACCGGUGCUAAACUAGAAUCUACAGAUAGCACUAGAGGCAAGCUUGUUUACUGGGGCUUUUCGUACGGGUCGUUCCUAGGAGCUACAUUUGCGUCCAUGUUCCCGGACAAAGUUGGCCGAGUCAUUCUAGACGGUAUCGUCGACGCCGACCACUUUGUCAACCCCGUUUGGUCCGAUGCCCUCCGCGACACCGAUGCGAUAUGGGACAAGUUCUCUACUUACUGCGCAGAAGCAGGACCACGAUGUCAGCUCUACCAGCCUGGCGACAAGGCCGAGGACGUCAAAAGUCGCGUCAAUGACGCUAUGGAGUUGUUAGAGAAGGAGCCUGCUAUCGUGCUGCCAUUAAAUGCGAAUGUGCCCAUCUUGAUCACAGCCAGCGACUUGAGAAAGUCCAUAUUCAUGUCUCUAUACGCGCCGAUUGGUAGUUUCCCCAGCCUUGCUGUACUCCUGAAAGCACUCAUCGACGGCCAGUUGGACUCGCUCAUAGCGGUCCCAUCACCGACAUUACCCUGCCACAAACUCACUCUCCCGUACUGGCCCGACGAUUCCAUGAAGGUAAUCGCAUGUAGUGACAAGCGAUACAAGCUUAACGAUAACCUCACAUCGCUCCAAGAGCAUUUCGAAGCGAUGGCCUCCUAUUCCUCCUUUGCCGAUUUCUGGAUGGGCGCCGGCAUCAACCUCGGCUGCAACGGGUGGGAAAUCGAAGCCAAAGACCCGCCCAUGCGGUGGGACGACCACCCCGCGCACGCCCCAAAACCCAUCAACACCAGCUUCCCCCUGCUCUUCCUCUCCAACCACCUCGACCCCGUCACCCCGCUCCACUCCGCCCACAAGAUGACGCGCAAGUUCUCGCGCGCGAGCAUCGUCGAGCAGAAGGCCGAGGGCCACUGCACCGUGUCCUGCGUCUCGCUGUGCACGAUAGCCCACAUCCGCGCGUACCUGGACGCCGGCGUCCUGCCGCCGGUCCCGCGGUACGGUUCCGACGACGAGGGCGAGUGGGCGACCUGUGACUGCGACGAGAAGCCGUGGAAGUCGCUCAAUAACCUCGCGUCGUCGCAGAACUCGCGCAAAGACUUCUUCGGCGCGGGGAUGGACGAGGACAUGUUGAGCGGGAAGACGGUCGAGGAGAUAGGGGUUAUGAUGGCUUACCGCGGCCUAAGGGAAUACUUCGCCGAGUUCAUGGCUUCGAUGCAGGAUUCUGAAUACCAUAAUCCGCUGCAGGCUUCGCGCCUGAGGAGCCCGAUAUACGCGAGUAGGGGCCAGGAUACGUGUAGCAAGUGA